AAUGUGCCCUAAUCUCUUAAACUAUAAUUGAAGCAGGUUUAAAUUGAAACGCACAGAAAGCGAUCUCUAGUGGCAACUGUAAGAUUGCCUAAUGAUACAGCAAUUGGAUUAAUACUGUAUGUGUACGGGGUGGAAAUGCGCCACAACGAAGGUUGUAACUGCCUUCUGAAUGCAACCCAGAUUCUGCACCUCCGCCUUCCAUAGUCUGACUAUAUUGAACAUGUUCAAGUAUAGUUUGAACAUGGCGCGGAAAUGAUAACAACAUUUUCGUAAUGCUGGCGAUGGAUGAAUGUGACGAAAAUAAAGUGAUGGACGGACGUGCACAAGAUGGGCUUUCUGGUCCAGCCGCUACCGCUGAUGAGGGCAUUCUGUCCAGAAUGGGCCUCAACGAUAACAAGGCUGGGAUGGAAGGACUUGACAGAGAGAAAAUUAACAAAAUCAUCCUUGAAUCUUCUAAGGGCUCCAAGUUCUACGAGAAUGAGUUGAAAAAAGAGCGACAGCUAAACCAGCGCAUUGAGAAGAUGAUGGAGCAGAAAGCAAAGAUCACUGAACAGCAUCUGGGGAAAGCACAAGCUCAGGUGGACAAAAUGACUUCUGAGCUGGAGAGAAGACGCAAGCUAGGUCGGAUGAUUGUCCAUGUGGACAUGGAUGCCUUCUAUGCCGCUGUGGAGAUGAGGGAUUGCCCAGAGCUGAAGGACAAGCCCAUGGCUGUAGGCUCAAUGGGCAUGCUGUCCACGUCCAACUACCAUGCCAGAAGGUUUGGCGUGCGGGCAGCCAUGCCAGGCUUCAUUGCCAAAAAGCUUUGUCCACAGCUGGUUAUUGUCCCUCUCAAUUUUGACAAGUAUCGAGCUCUGAGCGCACAGGUACGUGAGGUUUUUGCAGAGUAUGACCCAAACUUCCUGCCCAUGAGUCUGGACGAAGCCUACCUGGACAUGACUGAGCACCUGGAGCAGAGACGCAGCUGGCCAGAGUCCACGAGGACACAUUAUAUCAGUGCAAGCAAGACUGAAGAAGGUAAGGAUGUGGAGGUGCCCCAGGCUGCCUCAGAAGUGGAGGGCUUGUCCCCUGUUCUGUUUGAUGACAGUCUCAGUGAUUUUGCGGGGAUUCCAGACCCGUUUGGCAACGCGGAGGUGUUUGGGACCAGCGCAGAAGAGGCAGUGAGAGAGAUGCGCUUCCGCAUCGAGCAGAAGACGUCUCUGACUGCUAGUGCUGGUAUUGCUCCCAACACAAUGUUAGCUAAGGUUUGCAGUGACAAGAACAAGCCGAAUGGACAGUACAUAAUCCCUUCAGAUCGUCAGGCAGUGAUGGAAUUCAUCCAGGACCUCC